AUGUUCAACGGCGGGGGGAAAUUACCCCUAUUCAUCCGCGAAAAAACCCGCACCAUAAGAACAGACAACGAUGCACUCAAAUUCGACGUAGCCGAACCCCCAAACUGGUCAUAUUCCCCUGGCGACACCAUCAUCGGCAACCUAGUGCGCAAGGAAGGGAUCGUAUCGCCAGAAGCCAUCGUCAAAGUAGGUCUAAUCGGCCGCGCGGUGACGCAGAUUAUCGAUAAGGGUAACCAGGGCAGUGCCCGUCACUACACCGGCGCAUAUUCCUAUCUGGGCUUGGAACAAGAUCUCCUCUUCAAGGGACCGCUGCAUCUCCCGAAAGGCGUUCAGCCCGGGGGCGUCGUUGCCGGGCCACUUAGCUGGCCCUUCUGUGUCAAAAUACCCACUGAGCCCGUUGAUAAUCGCAACAGGGGUCUUACCAAGGAAAUCAGUUUCCUUCCGCUGGACAAAGAUCACCCAGUUCGUCAUGUCUUGCCCGGGACGUUCUCAUCGAGCCAAAACCGCUACGGCCGUGAGUCGAAUUCCUUUAUCGAGUACUAUCUCAGCGCUCAGCUCAGAUAUUGGUAUGGCAGCGAACUAAAGACCGUCACGGCAACCUGGCCAAUUACUCUUCGACACCCGCUGGAGAGCGGCGUCGACCUGAUCGGGCAGCUGACGGAGACGUCAACACAACGACUAAUUCAGAGCCAGCGACUCGUUCCGGGAAUGAGACAUAGGGGUCUAUCAUUCAAGCAAAAGAUGCAAAAGUCCUUCGGGUCGUCCAAGGUUCCCGAAUUUUGCUUCAAGUUUAUCAUCACCUACCCGAAAGUCAUUCAGUUUGGCAAUCCAGAACCAAUCCCCAUUAUCUUCGAGAUUGAGCCAGUACCCGAAAAAACUAGUGAAGAGAUCAGAGACGUCUCACAGAGGAUCGAGAUCACCUCGGUCAAAAUGUCCCUCUCUAGCUGGACGUAUAUCUGCUGUCCCGGCAAUUUCUCAAACACGGAUCUACACAGUGACACGCAAAAAUCAUCCCAUGAUCUAGGCCUUGGGAAGGCGCUAGAGACACUAGAAUCGCCCUUGGAAAUAUACACCGCAGACGGCAAGGCCGAUAAACCGAUCAAUCUGGGGAAUAUGUUCCAGCUCACACUCCAUCGGAGCGGGUUGAAGUCUGGCAGUAAAAAUCUUUCGUUAACAGGCCACUCAAGAUGUCCCGUACUAUACCCGGAUUUUGUCACGUAUUGCAUCAGGCAUAAGAAUUCGCUGGUGUGGGAAAUAUCUUUGCAUGUGUCGGGGGAGAAGCACAGCUUUACGAUGACUACGAGAGAUCUGAAGCUUAUAUCUUCGGACUGA